AUGCGAGCUGUCAGACUUUGGCGGCCGCUUAACAUUGCUGCGAGAUACUCUUCGACAAGACCUGCGAUCUCUGCAGUGGCGUGUGUCGAUGGCGAGCCGCAGUCUGUUGUGGCCGCUCAAAUCAUGGCGCGCAUGUUCCAGACCGGGGACUCUGUCUGGGUGUACCGCGCGGUGAAGGCCCCGCAGGAUGCAGCAUUUCCCGAGCAAGCCAAUGCAAACGCAAAGCACCUGGCAGAGGAAGCGAAUGCCCAGAAAAGUCUUGACUCAGUGGCGGAAGUUUUCCGGCAAGCCGGACUGGAGCCGGGUGCCAUACAAACCCGGGUGCAAACAGUGAUGUCUCCGGGAGCCGCAGUCACUUCCUUUGUCGGAAAAUCCAAUGCUCACUUCGUGUCUUUGGGAUCACACGGCCCCGGGCGGGUCUUGCACAAGUCGCUUGCCAGCUAUUUGAUGCAGAGCUACUCGGACAUUCGCCUUCUGGUGUGCCCCCAGGCAGAGUGGCAGCCCGCCCAAGACGUGGGCCUCAAGUACACCGUGGUCUACGACGGCUGCUCGACGAGCCGCCAUGCCCUGGAAGUGCUUGCAAACCAUACCGGCUCCCAGGACACCGUGGAAAUCCUUCACGCCCACGUGCCGCCACCUCCGGUGCCUCGUGGCAAGUUCCGUGGGGCACCGGCAAGCACGGCCGAGGAGGAUGCGCAGCAGGCGCAGCUGCAAGCCCAAUCGCUGUUCCAAGAGGCGGAAGAAAUCCUCUCAGGAAGCGGAGGUGGCAUCAAGCAGGUGAUCGGGACCCACAUCGAGGUGCAGUCCGGCCAUUUGCUGGGAGAGAGGCUGCUGGACACGGCGACUUCGAACGGAUGCGACGUGCUCGUGGCAGGGACCAAGUGUAUGCCUGGAAUCGGGAGCCUCUUCGAGCCGCUGCUGAAGGGCAGAACCGUGCUGGGCGUCUUGAAGUCGUCACUUACGACACAUUUGCUGAACAAUGCAGUGGACAUACCUGUCCUGUACAUCAAUUGA